AUCAAACUUGUUAGAAUUUUUUUCUUGAGUUGGGUAUUAAACCGAGAACGAGAAUCCAACGUUCUUACGUCACCUUCUUCAGCAGUUGGUAGCAGCAGCACACGUAAUUCCUCGUUCAAGUCGAAACAAAAACAACAAAAUUAAAAAAGCACGAACGAAAUCCAGAAACACACAACGCAUACAAUCAUUCCGGAAAAGAGAAAUGAAGAAAGAUAAAGGAGUCGCAAUCGAAAACCCUAAAGAAGAAGUGGAAGAUGAAGAGGGAGAUGAUUUUGAUCAUCGAUAUCAAAACGCGCAAUCAGCCGCUCUACCAUUCUCUACUCGCAACGCUUCUUCUAAAUAUGAUUUUGUUAAGGUGAAGGUAUGGUUGGGCGACAAUGCUGACCACUAUUACGUGCUCUCCCGCUUUUUGCUUAGCAGAAUGUUGACUGUCACCAAGAUUCCUAAUCACGUGGCUAUUAAGAUUGCGCUUGAGCUAAAAAAGCUGCUUAUAGAUAAUAGCCUUCUAGACGUCUCGCAGUCCGACCUUGAAGCUAACUUAUUUAAGCUUAUGGAGCGGCGAGGUUAUGGACAAGAGUAUAUAAACCGAUACAAAAUGAUGACUAGAUUUCAUCAUCAAAGAGUACCGCUGGUCAUUCUUGUGUGUGGAACUGCAUGUGUUGGAAAAUCUACUAUCGCUACUCAACUUGCACAGAGGCUAAAUUUGCCAAAUGUGUUGCAGACAGAUAUGGUGUACGAGUUACUACGCACAGCAACAGAUGCGCCAUUAACAUCUUCCCCAGUAUGGGCACGAGAUUUCAGCUCAUCUGAGGAGUUGAUAACUGAAUUUUGCAGAGAGUGCCGAAUUGUCCGUAAAGGUUUGGCUGGUGAUUUGAAGAAAGCAAUGAAGGAUGGGAAACCAAUUAUUAUUGAAGGCAUACAUUUGGACCCGAGUAUAUACUUAAUGGAUGAUGAAAACAAAUUAUCAACCACCUCCCAAGCAAAAGAUGGAGAAAAAGCCUCGGGCCAAAUUAAAAAUGGAAGCUCAGCUGAGAAAAGAUCUACUAACAAUGACAAUUCUGGCACUCAGAUUGCCAGGUCAGACGAAGUAACAUCAGGUGUGGAUAUGGUUUCGGGUGCUAUGGAACAUGUGAAUAUAAGCAGUAGUGCCCCUGAAUGUCAAGGCAAAAUGGUGAAAGAUGCUGAACUCAUCCAACCUCCUGCAGUCAAUAAAGAAAAGUCUGGACCUGAACCCAUUAUUAUUCCUAUAAUCCUGAAGAUGGCUGAAUUUGAUCAUAAGGCUUUGCUGGAGGAGUGGUUAUCUACUCGUACCAUGGAAAAAUUCCCAGUACAGGACAAGGAUAAGUUGAUUGCCAACUUGAAAACAAUCCAGGACUACCUCUGUUCAUUUAAGUCCCAGGGCUAUUCAGUUGUCAAUAUAUCAGCUACAGCUUUCCCUCAGACUUUGGAUUGGCUGCAUAGUUACCUUCUUCAGUGCAUUGAGCAAGGUACAACUUCAGUUUCUGCUAAGAGUACUGGUCAGACUGUGGGAAAUUAGGUCAAAAAUAUCAUAGCUUGGUGGAUUGAAGAAUUUGCAGUGCAUCCUAGGGGUGAUGAAGACUAGGUAUCGGUGGUUCCACUUGAUGCGAACUGUCAUAUACCAACUCCAGGGACAAGUUGUAGUCGAGGAUGAUCUUUGAUGUAAAAUUACCAUGAACAUUAAGAAGGAUGCAGCUUUCUGGUGAUGGUCGAUUGAGGCAUGGAUCGUUAUUAUUGCAAACAAGGGAUGCCUCCAUUCAACCGCCACAGCCAGAGAUGAUAGCGGGUAUAGUUCUUGUUAUUUGCAUCGCCAUCUCCACCUGUAUCAUGCCGUUACAUAUAACUUUAAUUCUAUUGUACUCACUAUUACGAGCACACUUUUAAUUGGGCUCUGAUGUUGGGAAGGGUUCUGAGUAUUUCAACUAUGUCAACUGCUAAUUAGAGAAAAGAUAAAAAGAAGAACCUUUUGUUUUGUAUAAA